AUGUCCCAGCAACACACACCACUAGUGUCUGCACCUGCUGCUGUCAAUCAGGAGUUCUUCAAGACUAUUUCUCCUCCAGCCUGCACCCAGCAGGAGCAAAUGAAGCAGCCAGCUGCACUGCAUGGCCCGUGCCAGAAGGGGCCCUCUGAGCUCCCAGUGAGGGGUCACCACAAACCUGAGGAGAAACUCGGAAGCCCUGUGAAGGGGCUGUCUGAGCAGGAGUGUGAGCCUCAGCAACAAGAGCCAGAGCUGCACCUGGGACAGCAGCAGCAGGAGCCUCAGGAGGAAGAGCUGUAUCUGAGACAGCAGCAGCACCCACAGAAGCCACCAGAGCCUGAGCUGCACCUAGGAAAGCAGCAGGAGCCACAGGAGCCAGAGCAGCCCCCAGAGCAGCAGGAGAAGCCCCAAGAACCAGAGCUGCACCUGGGAAAGCAGCAGAAGCCACAGGAGCCAGAGCAGCCCCCAGAGCAGCAGGAGAAGCCCCAAGAACCAGAGCUGCACCCAAGACAGCAGGAGAAGCCCCACGAGCCCCCAAAGCAGGAUCUACACCUGGGACAGCAGCAGCAACAGAAGCCACAGGAACCAGAGCUGCACCUGGGACAGCAGCAGAAGCAUCAGGAAGAGCAUGAAGAAAAUCAGGAAGCAGAAAACCUGGAGCAGCAGCCCAAGCAAGAGAAAGUACAAAGGGAAGAGCAGCUGAAGGAGCAGAUGGCACAAGAGAAGGGGCUCUUGGACCAGCAACUGGAUGAAGAGCUAGUACAGAGAGAUGAAAAACUGAGAAAGAAUGAGCAGCUUCUGGAGCACCUGGAGCAGCCUGUGCCUGCCUCAGCCCUUGAGCAGACCCAAGAGGCUGAGCCAACGACAGUGGGUAGUCUUGCUCCCCACCAGGAAACAGCAGUAGAAGCAAGAGAUGCAGUGACCACCCAAAAUUAA